CCUCCCUCCCUGUAGAUCAUAUAGAGAUAGAGAGACAGACAGACAGACGAUGCACAGCACACGCCAGAUCUCCGUUCGUGUCAUGGUCUCGUCAGCUCCGACUUGAUCUGCUCCAUCAAGGCCUGGAGGGCCGCCGGUGCGUCCUCCUUGACCGCGGCAAUGGCAUCACGCGGACCGCUGGACGACUUGACCUCAACCUGCACCCAGCCAGACACACACACCCAGAUCUCCAUUUGGAUGGUCUCUCUCUGCGUGUGUGCAAUGCUUGCCUGGCAGUCUGGGUCAUGGUCAGUGAGCUCCUUGACGACGAGAGUCCCGCUGACGGGGUCGCCCCUCCACGUUCCUGUGAGCUCGACAUCGAUGUGCAAGUCGUAGCCCAGCCUGAUCCUGCCGCGAACCAUGCAGAGAGUCGACUGCAGACAGGACAGAGCACCGCACCCACACACACAGAAGAAAGGACGAAGCCAUUGCAUCGCCGCACAGACAACACGCACAGACGUCCACCAAUCAUCAUCGCGUGGCACUGCUUACAUCUCCACUGCAAGUGGCUUUGGUGGUCGUGACCCGCCCCUCCGGCCGGUCCAUCAGACAGUGCCCCCCGCGAAAACACCCCUCCAGCCGCUUGUUGACUCUCGUGGAAACGUUCUUCUCCUCCCAAGUGCCCGCCUGGUUCCAGACGCUCGGCGCAGAGACGCUUCUCUGCCCGACGUCGUGUGGCGGCUGCAGGGGCGCGUCGAGGCGCUGAGGGGCGGUGGGGGGGAGCAGGUGGGCGUCGGGGAUGUCACGCUUCCUGCGUGACACACACGAGGGAUCCUUGCUCUCGCUGACGGUUUGCGUAGUCACUCACUCACCAGUAUGUGUAGCCUCCGAAUCCUUUGCUCCCUUUGGUUUCCGUUUCGGCGGCGCCAUUGACUUCGCCUGAGGUGUCGUCCGCCAUCCACGGUGUCCAGAGAUCUGCAGAGCUCUUUCAAGCUCGCAAACCAUCGGUGGAUAGUACUAUAGACAAUUGAAGACCUGCGCAUAGCGUGUGGAUGAGUUCGCAAGUCAUGCAGGCGUGAGCACCCGUCUGCCUCUCUGCAGAGCAUGCCGCCAUUGCAGGCAGCACACGAGCGCAGGGGAAUAGUGAUAAAGCCACCUAUCACGCCACCCACCCAUGUCAUCCAGCCACUCAUCCAAUGGCAUCCAUCCAUCCAUCCGUCGUGCGUUGGGUGCAAUAUCGACGAGAAAGGACUUACUCAGCCAGGGAGUGACUGAGUGAGUUGAGUGCAAAUAGACAACAUGCAGUGAGUGAUAGACACACACACACGCCACACGCAUGAUUUAGAUAGAUAGAUAGCUACAUACACACAUACAUACAUACAUACAUACAAAGGGGCGCAACUGUGCCUGCCUGUCUGCCUGUCUGUCUGUCUGUCUGCAUGUGCACGCCCCUCACGCAUCAACAUGAAUGCCAUCCAUGAGUCAGUGGGGAGGGAGGAAG